UGUAUUCCGCAGGAGCUCUGUGAUAAACAAACCGCGCAAUGCUCUGACGGUUCUUCUCCGCGAGUCGUGGCUGAUAGUGGUAUAAAGGAAGCGUUCCCUUCGCGCACGGGUCUCCCAUUUCUUUUUUUUUUUUCUCUCUGAAACCCUCUUUUGCGCCAAAUUUUGUUGUGCUCUUUUUACUCUCUUGGUGAAAGAUGUGUCGUUUUUCCUCGAUUUGGAUAAAUACAUCCGUGUUGCAUCUGAUGUUGUGUGUCGGUUACGCGGUUGGUCUGUACGAAACAGCGCCGCACAUUAUCGUGUUUAUGGCUGACGAUCUGGGGUGGAACGACGUUGGUUUUCAUGGAUCGAAUCAGAUACCAACGCCAAACAUUGAUGCUCUUGGAUACAAUGGGAUCAUAUUGAACAGGCACUAUGUAUUGCCAUCUAGCACACCAUCCAGGACAGCAUUCUAUACUGGACAAUACCCGAUACGUAUUGGCAUGCAAGGGGAUGGAAUCCGUGGUGGUGAACCACGUGGUCUGCCGUUGAAUAUAAAAAUCUUACCGGAAUACUUGCGAGGACUGGGGUACACUACCAAGUUAAUUGGAAAGUGGCACAUGGGUUAUCAUACACCUCAGCAUACACCAAUGCAUAGAGGUUUCGAUUACUUCCUUGGAUUCUACAACAGCCACAUCAGUUAUUAUGACUACAAAUAUUCGAUUCAGAACAUGAGCGGAUAUGACAUGCAUCGAGGAGACGAUCCAGCUUACGGAACCAAUCGUGAAUAUGCAACAGACUUAUUCACCUUAGAAGCGAUUAAAAUUAUCGAGAAUCACGAGCUCCCUAGACCCCUUUACCUUCAGAUAUCGCAUCUCGCAGUCCACGCACCUUUGGAAUAUCGUACGGAUCGAUACAACCAUAGGGGAUUCGCUGACAUUCGCGAGCCAAAUCGUCGCAAGUACGCUGAAAUGGUGAUGGGACUGGACGAUUCGCUUGGACGAAUAUUUCACGUGCUAGGUGAGAGAGCAAUGCUCAGAGACUCUUUGAUAUUGUUUCUCACCGAUAACGGAGCAGCAACCAUUGGUAAAUUCAGAAACUGGGGCUCAAACUAUCCCUUGAGAGGGACGAAGUACACUUUGUACGAAGGGGGAGUGAGAGGAGUUGCGGCAAUAUGGUCGCCAAGGAUACAACAAACAGCACGGGUUUCGAAUCAACUGAUACACAUAGCGGAUUGGUUGCCGACUCUUUAUUCAGCGGCUGGCGGAGAUUUGAGAGAUCUGGGAAGGAUCGAUGGCGUCGAUCAAUGGCACGUCUUGAGCGAAGGGAAGGGUCGUGGCAGAGACAAACUCUUAUUAAACAUCGACGAAUUUUUUAAAACCGAGGGAGCGAUAUACAGCCGAUUUAAACUAUUGCGAGGCUCAAUCGAGAAUGGCUAUUACGAUGGAUAUUCUGGUGACUCUGGCAGAACAUUGGAGUUGUCCACCCCAUACGACGAAACAGUGAUGAAAAGUUCCGUCACUCAGGGUAUCACCAAUCAUCUAGGAGGCCCGGUGACACAACCGAGUACGAUACACCAAUUACGACAAGAUGCGACGGUCUUGUGUAGCCCCAAUAUGACGUAUUUCAAUAGACACGGAUUCACCACCUGUAACGUUACGGAAUGCUUAUUUGAUAUAGUAAACGAUCCAUGCGAGACGAAGAACAUUGCCGAAUCAUAUCCUAGGAUUGCACGAGACCUAGACUCUUACCUGGAACAUUAUGGACGAAUCUUAGUAAGACAAACGAAAUUGCCUAUCGACUGGUACGCUGAUCCAAGGAGGAGAAACAACACUUGGGAACCAUGGAUGAACUCGGGAGCUAUGCCUAAGAUACCGAACACCGCAGCAGUGUUUGGACACUUGGUGUACUGUAUCCACGUUACGAUCAUUUUUAUUUACAUGUUUCUGAAUACACUACUUUGAUCGUGUAACAUUCAUUUAAAUUAUGUACACUGUCGGUCAUAAGUAUUAGAGCACCUACAGUAUGUGAAUUAAUUGUAAGAAAAAGUCACUCCACAUUCUUUAGUGUAAUAAUAUUAAUAAUUUAUUAAUUUUCAGUCCGGUUAGAUCUUCUAAUAACUUCAAAUAGCCUUUAGUCCGUUGUCGUGCAUAAAUGGUUCCAACGAAACGAAACUCUAACAAACGAGUACAAAUAUUCGAACCUUUAGUUCCACACCAAUAAAUGAAAUAUGAAAACAACAAACAACUAGGGUCCUCUAAAUCUUUUCAAUAGUUUUUGGUCUUUUAAACAGUUUUUUGUUUUUAGUGGUGCAUAAAUACCAUUGCAAACGAAAC